AUGCGAGCAGCGUUCUCAAUCCCUCGUGGAUUCCUCCCCACUCCCCGCUUGUCCUAUUGCCGCCCCCGGGUCUCGCUGUCUCGGCGUGUUGUGGCCAGCGGGGCGAGUCGAACGAUUUCCACAACCAGUGCGAAUGGCAACCAGCACCAGGAUAGCUCCUCCAGCUCCAGCUCCUCGGCCAAUUCCUCAUCUUGGACCGCUAGUCGCACCUUACUUGUCUCUGCACUCGCAGCUGGACUCGGCUAUGGCUAUGCUUCCUAUGCGCAAGAAUCCCCACGGGCGGCGAAGAAGCCACAGUAUGGUUCUCAAAAGGAUUUCGAGAAGGCAAUCGCUGAGCUAAGAGCGAAAUUGGGCGAGGACACUAUUAGCACUGAUGAAGAGGAUCUCCACCAGCACGGUUACUCGGAAUGGUCGAGUCUGAAUGCCGACCGACUCCCCGUCGCCAUUGCCUAUCCCACCAGCACCGAAGAAGUCGCCGAGAUUGCCAAGGUCUGCCACAAGUACCGCAUGCCAAUGAUUCCAUAUUCGGGUGGUUCAAGUCUGGAGGCCAAUUUCUCGGCACCUCACGGCGGAAUGACCAUUGACUUUGCGUUUAUGAAUAAAAUCUUGGAUAUCCACCAGGAUGAUAUGGACGUUGUCGUACAGCCUUCGAUUCAGUGGAUGGAUUUGAAUGAGAAGAUCAAGCACACUGGUCUUUUCUUCCCCGUGGACCCCGGUCCUUCUGCGAUGAUCGGCGGUAUGGUUGGUACGAAUUGCAGUGGAACGAAUGCAGUACGAUAUGGCACGAUGAAAGACUCUGUGAUCAACUUGACGGUCGUCCUGGCCAAUGGCGACAUCAUCAAAACACGCAGACGCCCUCGCAAGACCUCCGCUGGUUACAAUCUCACAGGACUGUUUGUGGGCUCAGAGGGGACAUUGGGAAUCGUGACGGAAGCGACGUUGAAAUUAGUUCCAAUCCCCGAGCUGACUCGAGUUGGAGUUGUUGCAUUCCCGACCGUUCGCGACUGUGCAUCUACUGCCAUGCAGUUGAUCAAGAAGGGUAUUCAGGUUCAAUGCAUGGAGAUCAUGGACGAAGUGCAGAUGGACGUGAUCAACAAGGCGGGUGGAACCGGUAGAACCUGGGGUGUCUCUCCGACUCUAUUCUUCAAAUUCAGUGGAACGACGGCAGGUGUCGCUGAUAGCAUCAACUUGACGAGGCAGCUUGCUAAGAAUAACAACGCUGUUGAAUUCACAUUUGCAAAGGAUGAGAAAGAAGCGCACGACUUGUGGUCUGCUCGUAAACAGUCUCUAUGGAGUAUGAUGGCACUGCGCAAGGAAGGCUCCGAGGUAUGGUCAACGGAUGUCGCUGUGCCGCUCUCCAGGCUGCCCGAUAUCAUCGAAAUCUCGAAGAAGGAAUUGGACUCCCUAGGUCUCUUUGCCAGUAUUCUGGGACAUAUUGGCGACGGCAACUUCCAUGCCAGCAUCAUGUACGAUCGCCAGGACCCCGAGGAGAGAGCCCGAGUUGAGAAGGUUGUCUAUGACAUGGUCGAUCGUGCGCUUGAGAUGGAGGGUUCUUGCACGGGCGAGCACGGUAUCGGUCUAGGUAAGAAAGGAUCUUUGAAGAAAGAGCUUGGCACGGCUACAAUCGACGUCAUGCGAAACCUGAAGCGCUCCCUUGAUCCCCAUUGGCUUUUGAAUCCUGGCAAGAUCUUUGACCCAGAGGAAGAUUCAUGA